CAUAAAGGAGGUAAGAGGAAGAAAGAAUGCCCAUGUGUGCAUGAGGGAGAGAAGAAGUAGAGAGAAAGAAGAGGAGGAGCAAGAGAGAAAAGAGGCGUGCGCAGUCCUCACUUGUCCAUCCUUCUAUAUUGCGUAGUGAGGUGUGCGCUGCGCUAACAAUCAGUUCCUGCUCUUAUCCCCAGUGCCAGCACAUGGAGAGGAUGGGCAUCUGCAGUUUCUGGAUGAUUCAACACCUCUCUGUACCUACUGCCAGAGCAUGAUAAGGAAGCUCCCCUGUUGGCUGAGCUCCAGCACAACCACUGCACUCCUUUUCUGCUCUCAGGUGCUUGCUGUCCUCCUAUUCGCGCUUUCUAAGCCACGCUGCACUAGAGACCCGAGAGAGGGAUCCACCCCAGGCUGCCUGGUGCAUCUACCUCCUGAGACCACCAUUAUUUAUAGACUUUGUUCUGUUUGCUUUUUACCACAAGUUGCCAAGUAGGAGGAUGAAAUGAGAGUGAAGCCAGGAAAGAAAGGAGUCCAUUCUACAACGGAAGUCGGAGCCACUUCCCGGAUGCUAACAAGGUUAUUCUGUUGCCACUGAAGAGCAUCUCUGCUCGCUAACUCCCUUCCCCCUCCUGCAUGAUCCGAUAAUGGACAACACACUUUAUGAGCCACAAUGUGCGAUGCUGAAAGCACCACCACUAAUCCUCAAGUGUAAGACUCUAAGCUAGGAGACAGGUUUUUGGGGAGUGACCUUUAAAUGAGACGAGGAGAAGAACGGGGCAAGAACGAAAAAAGAGAAUAACUAAUAGCGAUGGAGGCUGCAGGAAUAGAGGAUUCCUCUGACAGACUCGAUGCACCUGAGAACUCCACGUCUGCUGUGGAUCCCUCCACUGAAAACCUUUCUGAAGCAUGUCCUGAAGAGGCUCUUGAAGAAGUGAAGCUGGAGGAGGAGAAGCUUGAAGAGGAGGAAGAGGUAGUUGUUGAGGAGAAUGGCGAGGACCACAGGCUGCUGGGAUGCCUAGGGCUGACUGCUGCUUCCUGCUGUGUAUGUAUGGAGCUGGAACAAGUGCGUAACUGUGUACGCUCAGAGAAGAUCUGCAUUCUGCCCAUUUUGGCAUGUUUGCUGAGCUUAGCACUUUGCACUGCUGGCCUAAAGUGGGUCUUUGUGGACAAAAUCUUUGAGUAUGAACCCCCAACUCAUCUGGAUCCCAAACCUAUUGGUCAGGACCCUAUCAUUAUUGAUGCAGAUCCCACAAUGGGACUACCUGUGUCAUUUUCACGCCCCACCUCAUCUCAAGUCCCUAUCCCAGCUGCUACUUCUAAAAUCCCUGCACGCCCUGAGGUGUUUGUAGAAGGUGAUUCCACAGCAGGUCCUUUUGCACCUGCCUCGCCCAAGGUGACCCGCUUUUUGCCCACCUCUAAAGUGUCCACCCGCUUAAACCCAGCCUCUCAGCCCACCCCCAGUACUACAGCAGAACCUGGCAGGAACAACACACCAAGCCGUCAUGAAUCUAACAACAUAGUUACUAAAAAAUCGCCAGCCAGCACCACAGCAUCAGCCAAGACGUCUAGUCAUAUGAUGCGUUGCAAAGAAGAAGAGAGGAGCUACUGCGUGAAUGGGGGCGAGUGCUUAACUGUGAAUGUCACACCUAACAGCACCAAACACCUCUGCAGGUGCCCAAAUGAGUUUACUGGUGAUCGCUGCCAAAACUACGUAAUGGCCAGCUUCUACAAACAUCAUGGGAUUGAAUUUAUGGAAGCUGAGGAGCUGUAUCAGAAACGCAUAUUAACAAUAACAGGCAUCUGCAUUGCUCUCCUAGUUGUUGGCAUCAUGUGUGUGGUGGCCUACUGCAAAACAAAGAAACAGAGGCAAAAGCUGCAUGAUCGCUUGAGGCAGAGUUUACGAAAGCGAAAUGCCAUGGCUGACAUAGGCAAUGGCUCACAGUACCCCCAAAACCUCCAGCAACCACCGCAAAGCCUGCAGCUUGUUAAUUACUCAUCGAAAAAUGCCGUCCCUGCUCAGCACGUGAUCGAGAAGGAAACAGAAACUUCAUUUACCCUGAACCAGUGCACAUCGCCGACUCAGCCUUCCACUGCCGUUACCGCUAGCCUCAGUCAGGGUUGGAGUAAUAAAAAGCCAGAGAAUGUGGUGUGUGACACUCGUGCGAUCUCUGGGGUACAAAACAGCCGAAAUGGCACUCCGAGCCACCGCGGACGUCUAAAUGCCACCGGAGGAGCCCGAGAUGUCAAAAACUCCAGAGAAACAACGGAUUCCUACAAAGACUCUCCAUAUAGUGAGAGGUUUGUUUCGACCGUGACAACACCGACACGCCUCUCGCCUGUGAAGUUGCUUUCCCCAGCAACACCCUCCUCCCCUCCCUCUGAAAUGUCAGCACCUCUCCCCAGCCUGGCAACCUCUAUCCCUUCCAUGGCGACAAGUCCAUUGGGUGAGGAGGAACGCCCUUUGCUGUUCCUUACGCCCCCACGGCUAAGAGAGAAAUCAGAGGCCACCCGAGCCCAGCAGCUCCGCAACUCGGCCCACUACAACCAUGGCCUGGAUGAGAUGAGCCCUCCAGCCAGCCCGCUGCACAUCCAGGAGGACGAGCAGCAUGAGAGCAUGCAGGAGGACCUCUCUGUUCCCUGUGAACAACCCACAACUGCUGCUGAUAGCCCCACAGCCAUGCACAACUCUAAAAGAACAAAAGCCGGAUCUCAGAACAGUCAGGAUGAGCAGAGUGGAAGCAGCUCUGAAAGCAGCAGCUCAGAAAGUGAGGCAGAGGAAGAGCGCAUGGCCGAGAACACACCGUUCCUUAUACAGAACGCUGCGGUUGCGGGCAUGACUGUGCUUGGGCUGGAGCUGGUAGAGAGCAGCAGGACUAACGCCGCACUGCGCCUCUCCCCACAAGAUGAUCUACAGAGCAGACUAGCCAGCGUAAUGGCUAACCAAGAUCCAAUUGCUGUGUAAAAGUGAACAUACCAUAGAAAAAAGUAAAAGGAUACUUGUAAGAUACUAAGAGUAAACACUAAACAUUUAUUUUCUAUAAAUUAAGUAUUUGAGGGAAAUAAAAAAUAACUUUUAUUUUAGUUAUGUAGUGCAAAAAUCUUUUAUAAAUUAAAUGUGUAUAUAAUGUGUUUGCUUCUUGAAAAAAGUGCCAUUUGUUAUAUAUAUAUAUAUAUGUAUGUAUAUAUGGUCUCAGUAUUUCAAAGGCAGAAACAAUAUCAAUGGUGCCUUUAAUUUCAGCAUGGAGAACUAAAGGAAACUGUGUAAUGACACUGAGCUACAUAUUCAUGACCUUGAGCCAGCAUCCAGCACUGCUGCAAUCCACAAUCGGCUGAAGAAGUUUAAAAAUCCAUAAGAAUAAUAUAAAAUAAAGAAAUAAAAAAAUGAAAAACAGUAAAAAUGAAUCUCAAAGUAUAAAAUUGAGUUACUGUUCAUUACUGUUCCUUCUUUCUCAGCUGGUAAGAAGGUUAUUAAAGCUUAGCACUAGAAAUCUGAGUUAUCAUUGGGCAUGUGAAAGCUAUGAGUCCAGCCAGUUGAAUUUGUCUAGUUUGCCUGUUACUGAAUGAAUAUAUGGCUCACUACGUCAAUAAUUCAACACAUCCGUUGGCUUCACAGUAAUGCAUUGUGGGGAAGGUACAGCACCAAUAUAAGACCUGGUCUACACAGUGUACAGUAAACACCAGGAAAUGUAAGCAUUCGCCCAUCAAUAUUCUUGUACAAUGUUAUAUUAUUUCCAAAGUGUCUGUUGUGUUAUUUCAUUUGACAGAGGUGAUCACUUGUGUAACAGGUUCACUCGCUUAACUGUAUUUUGCAGCGUAAAAAAAAUGAUGCCAGACAAAAAAAAAAACACAUCUGAGUGGCAAACACAGACACUAACUUAUUAUGAAGCUGAAUGGUGAACAAAAAAUGCCUCUGAAUACUACUUCACUUUAUAAAUCUCUGUAUUGUACCUGUAGUGUGUCAGAAGCCAGAAAGUCUUAAAUAAUACCGGUUCAAAUUACAGCUUAAUUUUUUUCACUUUAACAAAAAUGCCCUAAAUCAAGUCUUUGUGUUUGCGUAAGAAUUUGUUUGAGAACUGGGGAAAAGAAUGCUUAAUACUUUCUGCAGAAUUUCAUACCAAUACCUUUUUUUUUUUGUUCCUGAGAUGAUCAGAAACAGCCAUCACAGAAUCUGGCCCAUUUACAUUCUUCAUUUUAUAGUAUUUAUUUUGUCUGUUAUUUAUUUAUUUAUUUAUUUAUUACUUUGGCCUUCUAUAGUCAGUCAAAUAUAGUCUAUAUUUUAAUAGUACUGAAAAUAUACGCUUAA